AGUCCAAGGAUUGUGGUUCAAGUCGUGGCGCUUCAGAUACUAUGUGCACAUAGAUAAUUCCAAGCAGUUUCGAUGGUCCAUGCCAUAGAAUUUGGGUUUAAGUAAGCAGGCAAUGAUACCCGUCGUGCCCUUCUUUUGUUAAAAAAAGAAGAAGAUAGUUUUAAACUAUAAUUUGAACCUGUCCACCAGUAAACGACACUCGCAUUCGCAAGUAACAGUGUGCAACCAAACCCCAAAAAAAUGGAAGAACUAAGGAAGCUAGAACAAGUACAGAGAACGCUCAAAUUCAUGGAGUCUCGUGCUAUAUCGACCUCUUCCGAUCCCGACUCCAAUCGCUUCCUCGCCAAUCUCAUUCUCCUCUUGGUACAACCGUGUGGAGAACUUGACAUGGACAACAAGUGCACUUUGGUCUCCACACAUAUGCCAAAGAUUUCGGUUGCAUUUCUUGAGGAAGCUUCGCUCUUGAUUACUCAGGAAAGCACAACAGAAGCAGAAGAUAAGCAUAAUGGCCCUUGUCAAAAUGUUGUUGAUAAUUCUAUGCAGCUUGAUUGUGAGAAUGAGACGUAUUCUGGUAUGUUGCAAACUAAUUUUGAAGACAUGGCUAUGGUUGGGUUGGAUGCAAUGCAACGAGCAAAUUCUACCCUUGAGGAUUUUUGCAGAUCCUAUUUUAUGUUUCAUGGGAUGGAUGUAAACAAGCCACAGUCAUUAUUCAAACAUUUACCUGUGCUUUCAUUCACAGAAAGUUUUAUUUAUCAGCUGGAUAGUUUGAAUGAAAAGAUAUUGCAUCUACCAACCAGUGGAGCCUCUGUUUCAGAAAGAGGAUGCAAGGAUGGACAUCAGAGGUUGAUUACUCAAUUCACAGAUACAUUUAAAAGCAACCCUUUCAGACCACUUGUGGGCCUACUUGAGUGUCUUGGUAUUUUGACAGAGAGGAUAAGAGAUGAAUUGAAGUGUGGAGAAGAGUAUUGGGCUCUAGAAAGAAAGCUCUGUUGUGCACUAAUGAGCCAAGAGAAGAUCUCUGUUGAAGAUGUGAUAAGGGCGAUUCACCUAAAAUCAUUUGAUUAUCGAGUUCUAAAUCUUCUUCUAUAUCAGUUGAGAGGAGAAAAGCUGUUUUGAAGGUCAAUGAUUUGCAUAUGGAAUUUCUCUGUGUGUCAGAAUUCCUAGUGGAGGUAUCUGAUGAUCUGUAAGUACUUCUCUUUUCAUGUCUUUCCAUGCAUUUGUUCUAAUUCUACACAGAAUGUUUUAGUGGUCAAUAUUUCACCUAAUAAUUGGUACCGGGUCUUUCUCUUUUCUAAAUGAUCUGUAUUUCUGAGUCAAAGAACAGUACACUGCUUGAGGUUUGGGAUGCAGGAACUGUGCCUGGCCAGGGGCAGAAAUAUGGGGGCAAAAUAACAAAAAAUAUAGAACUUAACCAAUAUAAAAGUGUCAUACAAGAAAUAUGAAGAGUUUGGAGGGCCAGGGGGAACCAUAUAUAUUUUGAAAAUUCUAAGUAAAUUCAAGGGUGAAAAUCUAAUUCUUGGGAAGUUUGGGAGGGGCGGGGGAUGGCCCCCACAAGCUUCUAUGUGGUUCUGCUCAUGCCUGGCUACAUGCCUACAUGUGAAUCUGCAUGUGCUUUUAAUCUAUUGAGGUUGCUCAAGCAGUGCAGAGUACUCAAGGAUUUACUGCUUUAUUGGGCAAAUGCUUAUUUUUUUUGUUUUCAUUGAGAUGACUAAUGCUAUUACUUUUCGAUGUUGAAAUUAUUGUGGCAAGCAAGAUGCCUGUUUUACUCAAUACUGAGGUGACACAAAAUGUGUAGGUUUGACUAUGAGGUCAGUUCAUUUAUCAUCAUCAUGGUUCCCAACUAUUACCUGAUCUCAUUUUAAUUAAUCCAAAUCUUACUUGAUAAACUAUGGUUUUCCAUGUAGGAUGAUGUACUAGAGAAUAGUUUCAAUGUUUUGCGCAUGUUUGUCAGAUUAUAUGGAGCUUCAAGAGCCCCAAUUAUGCUGGCAAGAUACAUUACUGAGGCUGAGCAGAAGUAUGAGAGUUUACUGAAAACCUUGGAUCCCCAACUAUCCUUGAAUUACCAGAAAAGAUGUGAAGAAGCCACUAAAGAAGGUGGGAAGAUAUCUGGACAUAUACUUGGAACGUGGAGCAUACCGCCUGUGAUUGUCGAUGAGGAAUUAUAUCGAUCUAACUUCCAAAAUUCUAAAUGAAUAGAGGUAUCUGGUUGACACUUGACAUGUGGUUGAAUAAAAAGAGGGCUGAAAUCUAUUGAUUUUUACUAUUUGAUUGAUGCAACGUGCAAUUUUAACCCUUCUGUGUCCAUAUUAUGUUACAUUUUUUUUUCCUUCUCUUAUUUCUACUCUGAUUUAUGGGUAGUUCUUGUAAAAACAAUGUGCACAUCACUGGCCCCCUUUUAAUGCAAUGGUUGUGUCUGGAUUUAGCCAA